CUGCUUAUGGGCUCAGCUAACGGCGGGCCCGUGGUCAAAACUGACUCGCAGCAGCCCCUCGUAUGGCCGGCCUGGGUGUACUGCACGCGGUACUCGGAUCGUCCGUCCUCCGGUCCGCGCACCAGGAAGCUGAAGAAGAAGAAGAACGAGAAGGAGGACAAGCGGCCGCGGACGGCGUUCACGGCCGAGCAGCUGCAGAGACUCAAGGCGGAGUUCCAGGCGAACCGCUACAUCACAGAGCAGCGGCGGCAGACCCUGGCCCAGGAGCUCAGCCUCAACGAGUCCCAGAUCAAGAUCUGGUUCCAGAACAAGCGCGCCAAGAUCAAGAAAGCCACGGGCAUCAAGAACGGCCUGGCGCUGCACCUCAUGGCGCAGGGACUAUACAACCACUCGACCACCACGGUCCAGGACAAAGACGAGAGCGAGUAGCCGCCGCCGGCUGGGGCCGCGCGGUCAGGCCGCCGCGCCCGCGCCCCCUCCUGGCACGGACACCGCCGCCGUCACCGCCACCGCCGCCUUGCCGGCCCCCACGCCGGGGGAGAAAGAAUCCGCGCACAGGAGGGAGGGAGCAACAGGGAAGAGAGAGAGAGAGAGAGAGAGACAGAGAGAGAGAGAGAGUUUCUCAGAAUGGAGAGUCACGUUUGAACGACACAUUUUUAAAAAGGGAGAAGGACUCGGACAGGUGCUAUCGGAAAAUAAGAUCUAUUCUCUGUUCACGGUAUAAGGGGCGAAACUGCGAACUCCUUAAAGCUCUAUCUAGCCAAACCGCUUACGACCUUGUAUAUAUUUAAUUUCAGGUAAGGAAAAAGAAAUGUGUAGCGAUCUCUAUUUGCUGGACUUUUUUAUUAAUCUCCUUUAUUAUUAUUGUUAUAAUUAUUAUAAUUAUUAUAAUUAUUUUAUCCCCCACCUCCGCCUGGCUGCCCCCGGCCCGGUUUCGUUUUCGUUGCCUUUUUCUUUUGAAUGUUGUUGCUUUUCCGGUGCCUCCCGCCCCGCAUCGCUGGCCCUCGUUUCUCUGGGACUUUUCUUUGUGUGCGUGAGAGUGUGUUUCCUCGCGUGUCCGCCCUUCGCCCCUCCCCCAUCUCCCAAGCCCCCAUCUGUCGGUCUGUCUGUCCUGCCCCCCCUUUCGUUUUCCGGAGACUUGUUGAGAUAUACGACCCCACAGACUGCGAGACUGAACCGCCGCUACAAGCCAAAGAUUUUAUUAUGUUCAGAAACCUGUAGUCUGAAAUAAAGUGUACACUGUGCUCACGA